CCGCAUUAGCCUUGUUCGUCUCAGUUGCCUUCUGAUUUCCCAAGUGCUGUAUGCUUGGGCUCCCCUCGGAGGCUGACGUGCUGCUGUGUUUUAGGGGGACCGUUUCAGUCUGUCACGUCUUGAGCCAUGUGAGAAAACAGACAGCAGGAGACUCGCUUUGAGCUGUGGCGCUCCGCUGUCGCUCCUUAGCCUUGGUUGGGACCCAGAGAGCAGCUUUCCCACAGCUACCGCGUGCUCUGUGGGGCCGGCCCGCUCUGCAAAGCCCGCUUCCUCUCGUGGACCCCCGCUGCGGGGGGAGGACGUCUUCCCGAGCAGGGGCUCCCCGGGGGGUCGACAGCGGAGCGGCGGAAGGAAUGAGCCCACUCCCUGAGCACCCCGCGCUCGGCCCUGCGGGGGCUGAUGUGCAGCUGUAAAGCGCGGUGUCCGGGAGACAGAAGUGUUUCUCUAUGUUUAAUUCUCCAAUUUCUUGUUGCGUUAUUGUAGCUGUUGAAUAUAUUCAUUGAGCUGAAUGAAUCCCCAUCUGGCAGAGUCCGUACCACAACAUUUGCAACUUCAGCUUCAGUUCUGGAGAGGGAAGGGAAUAAGAUAAGAAAGGGAAAUGAUGCACAAUCCUACAGAGAGUUUAACUGGAUCAGCAAGCUAGGAUCUAUGCAAGUGUUCAGAGUGAGCGCCAGCAGUUUCUUCUUGUGUCAAACUGGGAAGACUUAAAGCUUUGGGUUUAAGGUUGCACUUUUAAAAUAACUAGGUAAGUGAGUAUAGGUCCUAGUUUCAAAAAGUUACCUGGGAGUCUUAAUCUCACUGCAUGUCGUCAGGGCUUGGCUUCCAAUUGCGCUCUAAAACCAGGAUUUGGAAUCACAGUCACUUACACCAAUUCUAUUGUUGUACAGCCACAUACUUCUGACGUUUAUACUAAAAUACUUACUGAGAAAAUGGGAUUUAUCAUAGGACCACAGUAAUGCGUCAUCAAACUUGGAAAAUGUGAUACUACAGAUCAAUGGAGUUUGUGUCCAGUCCCUUUGCAAGAUGGGACUUCCAGCUUUUCCUUCGUUACUGAGGGAGGCAUCAUUGCUCGUCAGUGAAAAACCUCGCUGGAGUGGUGCUUACAGCUGCACUGACGGGGGAUUUUUUGAGCGUAUAGCAGAUGGCACCCACUGACCCAAGACAACUUGCAGAUAAUUCAUUUUCCCAUUCAGUGCAUGUCCAGUGCUCCUGGGUGACACCCCCUUCCGCAGGGAUCAGAGGCUCAGAUCUGUCAGGGUCGCAGUGGAGAACAGGAAGGUCCUCACUCACUUUUGCAGCCCUACAAGUGAGCAGCACCGUGCCCCAGAUUUCUUUUCUUCUCAGGAGACAUUAAAUGUUUGAUUAAAAGAGGUUUCCCUUUUCUCUGCACCAGCUCUGGCUGUGAAUACCUGUGGCCCCUCACUCCCCUCUGAGAAGUGCGGUGUACUGUGUGCUGCAGAGGGGGCCGGAGCAUGGGAUUGCAGCAGGUCUCCCAGACAAGCACCUGUGUCCCCCUGAUUCCAGUUAUUAAAUGGUGUAAAGCAGAACCCAAACUCAGCAGAAGUAGUUAAUACCAUAAUGUCAACCUAAGCAGGAAAACAGAUGGUUUAUACAGGCACGUCUUGGACUAAGAGUAGUUGAAGCUUCACCAAGCAGAGAUAUAGUAAACAGAGAGGGGAAAAAAAGCCAGAAACAUCAACCAUUGCUUAUCCAUUCAUGUAGAAAGUUUUUCUAGUCUUUCAUUUUUCAGGACAAAGCCACUGGAUGCUGUCCCACGCAAAAAUUAAGUCAUCUGUUUGUAAGGAUUAGCAGCUCAGAGAUUGAGAUAUUAUUCAUCUUGGGAAGAGAUAAUUUUUGACUAUCCGGGACCUACCUGAGGCAAUGCUGAAGUCAACCACUGUCGUAUACCAGAGCCGGGGGAGAGACGACUGCGGGUGCACGUGAGGAUCGGAAGGAGAGGCAAGCAGGUGCUGCGGGAGGACUGGCUGAGGCACGAGGCGAAAUAGGAGAUCUUGUUGCACCCUCUGCGCUCGCUCUCACAGUGGGACGGGCCGCGAGCAUGCUGUUUGUGCCACAGCUAAAGUCAUGGCUCAAAGCCCAUGAGCUGCGAGAUCUUCCCAGCACUUCGGUGGGGUCUGGGUAAAGCUGUAUCAGCAACUGUGGUAGGACUGGCUGCUGCUCUUUCUUCCUCUGUGCUCUUUAACCUUCGGAUGAGCCUCACUGAGUGUAGGUGUAUGCCAUUUCUUUUACAGAGACAGAAAGCCCAGUCUGUGACAUUGUCAAAAUACCUGAACUGAGCUGUGGCUCCGCUUUCAUUCCUUGCCAUUACCAGGUUCCCAUCUCCUGCCUCUGUGUCUCCUUUCCCCUAAUUCUUGCUGGCAGGGAGGCUCAGUGCUUGUGUCUCUCCGGUGACAUUCAGGGGUGCACUGACUUCGCAUCUGAUAGAAAAUGACUGUUUCGCUUGGAUACUGUUGGGAGAUCCCGGAUGCUGCAGACGGCCAGAAGCAACUCCACAAAUCCAGCCUCAAGAACUAGGUGAUUUGGAGAGCUGUGUAAAAUAUUUUUCAUGCUGGAGUUACUGCUUUGGAAGCAGCAGAUCUCUCCUAAAGCAUGGAAAAGGUGUACCAGAGGCAGGAAAGAAAUCAGCACGAAACUGCCCUUUUUUUCCAUACAAUAACUGAAGGAAAGCCGGGAUGGCUGAAGAGGAAAGCAGUAUCUCUGGCUGUCAGCACUUCCAAGAAGAGCUCCACCAAAGCGCUGAGCGGGAGGAGAGCUCUUCUGGUGGACACGGAGGACCCUCCCUGCGUCCCGUUGCGCGGGUGCCUGGGGUUCGUGUGCUGCAGGGGACAUGCAAAGCUGGAGAGAAGGGACUUUGUGCCAUCUUAAACAGCAUUUGGAAGUGAACAAAAAGCAACUGUUGAAGAUCUAAUGUUCCGCUAGACCAAACCAGACUCAGUCCCGAUGUGAUCUGGAUGCAUAUCUGCUACUGAGCCAGCUGCUCUUCUGCUUUCCUCCAGUUCCUGCAUAUUCAGGGAGGUUAAGUUGCCUUCAUUUAUCCGUGCUGCUGGGAUUUCACCAGUUUCAUGUGCGUCAGACAAGCAAUGCCUUGCAAUCUGCAGCUGAAGAUGUGCUUGGUUCCUCCGUGACACAACCACUCUUGCAAACCUAGACCAGACAAAAAAGCCACCCCGUCCUGGCGCCGCGGCCCCCCAUGCGCCUCGGCAUGAGCACGUGCGGCAGGAAGGCUCUCACCCUGCUCAGCAGCGUCUUCGCCGUCUGCGGCCUGGGCCUCCUCGGCAUCUCCGUCAGCACCGACUACUGGCUCUACCUGGAGGAAGGCACCGUCCAGCCCCAAAACCAGACGACGGAGAUCAAGAUGUCGCUGCACUCGGGGCUCUGGAGGGUCUGCUUUUUGGCAGGUGAAGAGCGUGGCCGGUGCUUCACUAUAGAAUACGUCAUGCCCAUGAACGUCCAGCUGACGUCUGAAUCGACAAUCAAUGUCCUGAAGAUGAUUCGUUCUGCUACCCCUUUCCCUUUGGUCAGCCUCUUUUUCAUGUUCAUUGGUUUUAUACUGAGCAACAUCGGCCACAUUCGGCCUCACAGGACCAUACUCGCCUUCGUGUCUGGAAUAUUCUUCAUCCUGUCUGGUCUGUCGCUGGUGGUGGGGCUGGUUCUGUACAUCUCCAGCAUUAAUGACGAGAUGCUGAACAGGACCAAGGACUCUGAAUCUUUCUUCAAUUACAAAUACGGAUGGUCAUUUGCUUUCUCUGCUAUCUCUUUCCUUCUCACGGAGAGCGCCGGCGUGAUGUCCGUCUACUUGUUCAUGAAAAGAUACACUGCCGAGGACAUUUACCGCCCUCACCCCAGCUUCUACCGUCCCCGUCUGAGCAACUGCUCCGAUUACUCCGGGCAGUUCUUGCACCCGGAUGCGUGGGUGCGUGGACGCAGCCCUUCGGACAUCUCCAGCGAGGCAUCCCUGCAGAUGAACAGUAACUACCCAGCCCUGCUCAAGUGCCCCGAAUACGACCAGAUGUCCUCGUCCCCGUGCUGAGCGCCACACGCCUCCUCACCUCCCUGCGAUGAAGAGGGCACAGUUGCGGUGUCCUGACUCCGUUUGUCAUUUUGUAGGCCACUCUUUCAGGGCAAUUCUCUAUUUAUAGAAUCAUAAAUAUAACAGUAGAAAUUGGUUAUGUAACUGAUAAUAUAACCAAGACAAUUGGGAUAUUUUCCUUUCUUUUUUUCUUUUUCCUUUUUUUUUUUUUUUUUUAAUUCUUCCCCGUAAAGCUAAAGUCUCUCUGAAGCCCUGUUCUUUCAGCUCUUCCACACACACACAACGUGCCGUUGAGCAAGCGGUACUUCUGCAUGUGGAAUAAAUCCAGGGCUGGGCUCGAUAGUAGAGAAAAGAUAAUCAAAUAGAACAAAGAACAAGAAGAAAGUGUAUUUUUUGGUUUAGGUAGGCUGCAAAAGUUUGUGCAUUUGAUUGGUUGUAUCCUUUAAUCAUAGAUUUACUGUCCUAAAGGCGAGUUGGACUACAGAAUUUGUGUAAAUUUACAAGUAACAGUCACCAUUAGAAAAAUAGAAAUUAUAACUUGAUUUGUUAUUUACUGAUUGAUAUCUCUCUUUGCUGGGUAUUACUUUUAAUCAGGCAGUAACAGGAACUAGCUCAACUAGUUCUCAAUGAGAGAGAGUUAGGUUGUUGUUUCUCUAGGGCCAUUUGCAAACUGUUCCUUAAACAUUGCAAGUUAGACCCCCGUGCACCUCAGCCCAGGGAUGCCUUUACUGUUCGGGGUGAUUCAGACACCCAGACUUACUCCAUAGUCCGAUAGUCUGGAGGUCUGAAGAGCAACUGGGAGAAUUUCAGUGCAGCUGAAAACUACCUAAAAGCUUCCCAUUGGAAAUCCUAGGCAUAGGAGUUAGGUGGAAUUACGGCUACCUGAGUAUGGCCCAGACAGAAGUGCAAAUUAUUUAAAGCCAAGAUCCCAAACUGGUUUAAAGUGGCAUAGCUGAAAUUAAUGAAGCUAGUCCACUGUAGCAAAGUAAUUGGCUCAUAUAUUAUUUUUGCAGAAUAUGGUAUUUUAGUUGCAUUUCAUACUACUUUUUUUCUGUUUUGAGUUUUUAAUUUUAAAUAUUUCAUAUGAUGCAUUUUGGUCUUAGAGGACCAAAAGCUGCCGGGGUGCGAGUAUCAAUCUAAUUGUAAAUGAAGAUUGGGGAACAAAAAGGUAAUGCUCCCUCAUGCACUCGUUUGGAAAGUGCAGGCUCGUCACCUUGCAGAAGAAAGCUUUGUCAAAAAGCUUUUGUUCUUUUAUUUCUGUUCCUGUUACUUCAAACCUUUUUGAAAUUGUCAUUUGUGCAAAACAAAACCCUCCAGGAUUCUUGGUACACUUGGGCUUGUUUCAUCUUAUUGUAAUUUAAACAAAUAGAAUAUAUGCACUUUUGACCUCAUUUGUAACAUAAUAUGUAAUGAAUGUUGUGCUGCUUCAUUAUUAUUUGUUUAUUAUUUAUUAACUACUCCAAACUAGGGUCCAAGUCCUGGAGCAGCACCCGCUAUCUGUGUUGACUGUGACGCCACAGGGUCAUAUGGGACCUCACUAUAUGUGUAUAUGCCAGACGACUCUCGUACAAGAUUAUUUCUUGUCCAGUUCCUUCAAAUAAGGAAAGUAAUGUAUAUUUAGUGUCAUUUACUCCUUAAUUUGCUAAGUUUUAAAACUAGGGCAUCUUUUUUGUACGUACAGUUGUAUUUACCUGUAAUUUUUGUAUUUCCCUCAAGCAUCUGUUUCUCAUUCUAAAAGACAGUUUGUACGUAGGUCAGCUUCUAGGAAUGGUCAAGCAUUAAAGAAAAAACAGCCAUA